ACCACUUGAUCAUGGUCAUAACAUUACUGGGUUUGCUUGUAAAUUGAUUUCGCCGGGUACUGCUGCUGGAUUCUAGUUGGGAAGAUUUGGGAAAUCGAUGGAACACCCAUGGAAAUACGGAAAUCAGUGGCGUUUCGGUCGAAAAUCAAUGGAAACUCAAUGGAGAAUUGGAAAAUCAUUGGAACAUCAUUAGAACAUCCAUAGAACAUCAAUUGCCAAGUGCAUCACCAAUUUCUGUUAGUAGAUUGGAUAGAUUUGGCUGAUUUUCUGAGAUUUUCCAUAGAACAUGAAUGGACAAUCCCCACUUCAAAUCCCAUCCGACUGAGGAUGUCCAAGCAGCAGAGAAGCUCUUGAGGGAGAAAGAGAAAGCUGUGAGCAACGAGGUUCACUCAACAGCAAGGUCUUCGAGUUCCAUCCAAGGUGACUUGCAAGCGUCAACUUCAACGGAUGGCCAGGAGCUGGCCGUUGGGAAGUGGGACUUCACGUGGCUGUUGCCAAAGGAGAAGUUAUGGUCCAAAGCCACCAAGACGGCCCUGUCUCUGGGUCUCCUGUUGUCCGAUCCCGACCUCGAAACGCACGACGACGACGAAGCCGACGAAGCUGAGCCGCUGGCUGAGCCGCCACCGAAACUCCGCACGCGUUCUGAGGGCGCCAAAGUCUUGCGCUCCAUACUGGUGCAGAAAGGUGGAUCUCAUCCUGGUGGAUCUCGGGUCGCGGUCGAAUCCCGCGACCGCCGCGUUUCCUUCGGAACGGACGCGCCGGCGCCCCGAUCGCCGGCGCCGAGAUCGCCGUCGCGGGGCCGGCGCAGCCGCCGCUUGCUGCGGGAACGCUUGCAUGGCUACAGCUGAGGCCGGUGCUGUGUUCUGG